AAACUUAUUUCAGACUUAGAAGGGUCAUAUAAUGAAGAGGGAUGGGCUUAUACCCCACAGGGAAAAUUAAUUGUUCCCUCAUAUUUACUGUGGCAUUUAAUACGGGAAGCACAUAGGAAGAGACAUUGGGGAAUGGAGGCUCUGUAUAAGCAUCUGAUAAAAGAUAUUGUGGCUAGAAAUUUAUAUACCACAGUGAGACAAGUGGCUCAACAGUGUGACCUUUGCCUCCAAACUAAUCCAAAGAAUACUCCCAAACUAGAAAUGGGCCAGAUUGGAAAGGGUAAUGGGCCUGGACAACAAUGGCAGGUUGAUUUCACGGAACUUCCAAGAAAAGGGGGGCACCGAUAUUUGCUGGUAUUAACUGAUACCUUUUCAGGUUGGCCAGAAGCGUUCCCAACCAGAACUGCCAAGGCUCGGGAGGUAACUAAAAUACUAAUACAAGAAAUAAUACCUCGCUUUGGGGUUCCAGCAACCGUAUCCUCUGACAGAGGACCACACUUUGUUUCAAAAUUAGUGCAACAAACCAGCCACCAUUUAGGUAUAGAUUGGCAACUUCACACCCCAUAUCGCCCUCAGUCGAGUGGCCAAGUGGAGAAAAUGAACCACUUAAUCAAACAGCAAAUUGUAAAACUGGGACAAGAAGCAAACUUGCCAUGGCCUCAGUCUCUCCCUUUAGCCCUUUUGCGUAUACGGACAAGACCAAGGGUGAGAGAAGGACUGAGCCCUUUUGAAAUUCUGUAUGGACGCCCCUAUGGAAUACAAAAGGGGACAUCAAUGCAAAUUGGGGACGAAAUUAUGACCUCCUAUAUGGUGGCAUUGAGCAAACAGCUCAAUAAAAUUGGAAAACAUGUAAUUGGGACCCGAGGAAGGGGUCUGGAUGGGCCUGUACAUGAUAUUCAACCUGGAGAUUAUGUAUAUUGGGAAGGACCAUACCAAGUACUCCUCACCUCCUUCACAGCAAUCAAAAUUAAAGAACAGAAUGCCUGGAUUCAUCAUACCCGUGUGAAGAAGUCGCCACAAAAGCUUUGGACAUGAGAAAUUCAAGGGCCAUUAAAGCUCAAGCUAAAAAGAUAGGAUGUGGGUUAAAUUUAACAUGAUUCUGAUAAUUUUACAGGUGAUAGACACAGCGGCCUGGCGAGAGAACUGGUAUAUACAGGCGAUUCAAAACAUCACCACAAUUUUAAAUAAAACAGAUUGUUGGAUCUGUACCCAAAUACCAAGGCAUGCUGGUUAUGAGAUACCGUUAAUAGGCAUCCCACUGCCAGUUUCCCUAAUGAACCGCCAAGAUGGCUCCUUUUGGGGAAAUACAAUCUGGAGCACAGACCCUCAGGUUAAGUGGGGACGGGGACUAAAAAUAACUGUUGAAGAGACCAGCAUAUUAGGGGAUAACUGCCUAGUAAGUUCGGGGAAAGGGCUGUUUAUGGGAGAACACCUAAAUUGUAACAGA